CGUUCAAAUGGUGCGAUUUCGUUUAACAUCCAUCCAGAAUUUCGUAGGCGACGACAAUGUUUCGCGUGCUGCUACUUGUCUGCGUUGCAGCUUCUGUAACAACAGGAGUGCCAGUUUAUGAAGCGACACCGUUAAAUUCUCAUAUAAUUGAGUUCCCCGGUGGCGAUGGCCAAAUGCACGUAGUGGAUUUAUCUGAACCCCCAGAUAUGGAAGUGCUGUAUGAAAUUCAAAGGAAUCCUGCCAAUAACUUGUACCUUCUGUUCACUAGGCGAAAUCCGGACACGGCUCAAACGUUGAUUAUGAACAACGAAGACUCUAUAAGAUAUUCAUAUUACAACCCGAACCUGGAGACAGUAGUGAUCGCGCACGGCUGGCUCAGCAAUCAGAACACUGACAUUAACGCCGCUAUCAGAACAGUCUACCUCCAGAAAAAGGACGUCAACGUCAUCGUUCUAGAUUGGAGGAGACUUGCCAUGUCAGGAUACGUCACCGCGGCUACUGGUGUUCCCAAUGUCGGCCGAGGUCUCGGACAGUUCUUACGUUUCCUAAACAGAGUUACUGGGGCGUCGUUCCGUAACAUGCAUCUCAUUGGGUUCAGUCUUGGAGCUCACUUGGUUGGAAAUGCAGGACGCGAACUUGGCGGUGACAUCGCUAGAGUUACAGGAUUGGAUCCGGCAGGUCCGCUAUGGCAUUACAAUUCUAACCGCAUCAGUGCCGCAGACGCAGUCUACGUUGAAGCUAUACACACCGAUGGUGGAGUCUUAGGCCUUGGUAUCGGUACUGAGGUUGCCCAUGCUGACUUCUUUCCAAAUGGAGGCAAUUCCCAACCUGGUUGCUUGACCGGAAUCUGUGACCAUAACCGAGCCUGGGAGUUGUUUGCUUCCACAGUCACACAUAAUCAUCUUAUUGCUAAUAAAUGUGAAAGUUCCUGGCAACUCACAUGGAAUUCUUGUCGCGGAACCGAUCAGUUGCCUUUGGGCAACGAUGAUAUUAGAAAGUUUGGAAUUGGCAUGUAUCGAGUGAACACAGGAAGAAGAUAUCCGUUUUAAAGCUUUAAAAGAAGAAGAAAUACGAAAGUAACUCACCUCCUAAUCACCAAAUUGAAUGUGAACCAAUACUGUGUAGCAAAUUGAAUCAAUAUUGUUUAUUAAAUUGGUAAUA